UGGGGAGGGAAGGAGGAGGAGAAUAGUGGGAGAAAAAGAGUGGGAACAGUCCGGAAAGCGGAUCAGUCGACGUGUGCUUGCGUCCGUUGCCGGCAACACCAGUCCGUUUUUGGGGUUUCCUCCGUGUCGUUCGUUCGUGUGAUACAAGAGGCCGACCGACCGACACGACCAGACAGUUACAGACUCGACCGAUUUAUUUUUUUUUCUUUUUUUUCUUCUGGUGGAGGAGGAGAGAAAGUUGAUAAAUAAAAAGUGGAAAAGGUUGAAAAAUAUUACGUGUGGCGGACCGGAUGUACGUGCAAGUGCGUCGCUAAAGUGUGUGAGUGAAGAGGAACGAACGAACGAACCAACCCGGCCCGGUUUUGGUUCGAAUUUAUGAAUUUGACUCAAUUUGAAAUUCCCGCCAAUAAAAAUGGGCUAACAAUUUCGGUGGCGUUUAUUAUUUGAAAAUCGUCUAGUGCAUUUCGUUCUUCUAACAUCUGAAGAGAAACCGAAACUCCCCCACAAGAAAAAAGAAUCGGGCGAAUUUGAUUGUUUCCCAUCCGUCCGCGCAGUUUCCGCUCGGCGUUUAUUUGUUCGUUUUUCUUCUUUUGUUUUUGUUUGUGUUUGUUUUUUGGGGGUGGCUGAAGUAGAAGAAGAAGAAAGGUUUGUGUUUCUCUCUUUUCCCCCUUUUUUUCGUUUCUUUUUCGCGGCGCUACUUGACGCUGGUAGAAAUCAAAAAUCCCCCAAAAAGAAGAAAAUUCCGCCCAGGGAGAAAUAAGAAACACACACACAAGACACCCAACAUCUCCGAUUCGAUAACGACCGCAAUGUCAUAAGGAGCCGCCAGCCUCUCUCUGUGCUCUCUCCCCGUGUGUGUGUGUGUGUCAGUGUGUGUGUGUGCAAAGUGUGUGUGUGUGCGCGCUCCUGGAAAUAUAUAUAUCUAAGGUGUGUUUUUAGAUAGAUCUGGUGGUCUUGUGUGUGUCUGUGUGUGUGUGUGUGUGUUAUCACUGUGCGUGUGCUCUGUGCCGUCGGGCACAGAGUCUUGUUUGCUCCUCGGCGAACCUCUCCAGCAGGCCGGUCGGCGCGUGUUACGGUCGGAAUGAAGGAAAUCAAGGAAUAAAAAGAGAAAAAAAAAAAGAGAAAAGAUAAAAAAAGACGAUCGAACCAUCAAGAAGAAGAAGUUGCUCCAGCCCUGGAAAGUUUUUUUUUUCUUUCUCCCCCGAUGAACGACAGUCGAUGUGAUGGAUCGUCGGGUCGGAGAUGAAGUAGGUGAAGGGGGAGGAGGAGGAGGAGGAGGCGAUCCAGCGGCAGUGGCGGCGGUGCCGGCAGACAAAUCGCCCGUCAUCACGACCAAGAACCGGCCAUCAUCGCCGACAUCAUUACGGCUGCUGCUGCUCCUGCCGCCACCGCAGCCGUCGAUGGCCGUCGCCCGUCCUGAACUUGUCAUCGACGACACGGUCCAGCAGUCGCCGACGACGGACAAUCAAGUGGAGCCUCAACAACAACAACAACAGCAGCAGCCAGAAACAACGAGGACGCCGCCCAGCGUUUACAUCGAGUGCAGUCCGUCUACUGCUGGGCCCAACUACGGAGGAGAAGGAGAGGCCGGCGGUGGCGGAGACGACGUCCUCUACUAUUCCGGCUACCACUCUGAGGAGGUGGACGAAGAUCUGGAGGAUUUGGAAGAGGAGCAAGAGGAGGAAGACGAAGAUGAUGAAGUGGAGGAAGAAGAAGAAGAAGAAGAAGAAGAUCAAGUUGAUGGCCAAGAAGAAGAUGAAGAAGAAGAAGAAGAUGGUUUACCCUUUCCAGGAUUCGUACCCGUCACUUUGGGCUUCAUGACCCAGUACAGCCGGCCCAGGAGCUUUUGCUUGCGGAUGAUCACCAAUCCGUGGUUCGAGAGGAUCAGCAUGGCCGUCAUUUUCUUCAACUGCGUCACGUUGGGCAUGUACCAGCCGUGUAUCGACCAAGUCUGCAACACCAAUCGAUGCAGAAUCCUCCAGAUGUUGGACGAUUUUAUCUUCGCCUUCUUCGCCGUGGAAAUGUCAAUCAAAAUGGUCGCCAUGGGAAUUUACGGCAAAGGAACUUACCUGGCAGAAACGUGGAACAGACUCGAUUGUUUCAUCGUCGUUGCCGGGGCGGUGGAAUAUUGCCUGGACAUGGAGAACAUGAAUUUGUCGGCCAUUCGAACGAUUCGAGUCCUGCGACCGUUAAGGGCCAUCAAUCGGAUACCCAGCAUGAGGAUAUUGGUGAUGCUCUUGCUCGACACGUUGCCCAUGCUCGGCAAUGUCCUGUUGCUCUGCUUUUUCGUCUUUUUCAUCUUUGGAAUCGUCGGCGUUCAACUCUGGGCCGGAAUCCUCCGGCAGAGAUGUUACCUCGACCUACCCAAGGGCAUCCAUCCACCGCCCACUUUCACGACCGUCGACCGUACUCUGCCCAUCUUUUACAAACCCAAGACCAAUUACAGGCCUCUGUCGAGCUAUUACAAAGUGCAAGAGACGGAGAAGGACUACAUCUGCUCGCUGGCCAAGGACAGCGGGAUGCACACUUGCGGUUCGCUGCCUCCGACCAAAUGGGACGGGCGCUUCUGCAACGACAGCGUCGUCCCCGGGAUACCCGUCGGGAUGGACGGCCUCUCCGUCAACGGCUCGUGCAUCAAUUGGAAUCAAUACUACACUGAUUGCCGGGCCGGUGAAAAGAACCCUUUCCAGGGAGCCAUCUCUUUUGAUAAUAUCGGCCUGGCCUGGGUCGCCAUCUUCCUCGUAAUUAGUUUGGAGGGAUGGACCGACAUCAUGUACUACGUCCAGGAUGCCCACUCUUUCUGGGACUGGGUCUACUUUGUCCUCCUCAUUGUGAUCGGCUCGUUCUUCAUGAUCAACCUGUGCCUGGUGGUGAUAGCGACGCAGUUCUCCGAGACCAAGAAACGGGAAAUGGAGCGGAUGCGGCUGGAACGGGCUCGUUACCAGUCGACGUCGACGCUGGCCAGCACGUCGGCCAGCGAGUCGACGUCGUGCUACCGCCAAAUCAUCAAGUACAUCGCCCACUUGUGGCGGAGGAGCAAGCGGCGCAUACUCCGCCGCUACCGGGCCUACCGCAGCCGGAAGAAGUUGCAACAGCAGCAGAUGCAGCUCCAGCACCAGCAGCACGGCAAGCAGCAGCCGGUGACGCAUUCGCUCAGUUUGAGGACGAGACGGAAACAGCAGCAAUCGCGGAGGCGGAAGAGGAGGAGGAGGCGGAGCAGGCAUCCGCAUCCCCAAUGCCCCCAACAUGGCGUCGUCGCCCAACAACAACAACAACAGGACAACACAUUACGGAGAAACAGUCCAUUUUCCAGCAGUUUGCGAGUCCCUUCCGUCAGCUCGCAGGUAGCGUUGCGAAUCAACGACGGGCCGGCCUCCAAUGUUGAGUCGCCCGUGCCCAUUCUCUCGAUUGGCCGGCGGGCCAGCGUCGCCGUCUCCAUCGACCACCAGCAGCAGCAACGAUCCUCUCCAUUCCUCUCGCCUAGAGGAUCGUUGGCGUUGGCCGAUGACUCUUCGGAUUCCUCGCAGCUGCUGACGCCGAGGACGCCCAGACGUCGCCGGAGCAGCGUCAUGUUCAGCAACGUGGUGGUGGAGCAUGGAUUGAGCAACAGCGCGGCUGACGUCAACGUCUGCUGGAACGAGAAAACGACCCAGACGGGACAAACGGGCGGCGGCGGUUUCAACUGCGAACUUGUCGUUGGUUCUCCCGGCGGAAUAACUCACCCGCCGGCUGGUUCCUCGAAUCCUUCGUCUCCGCUGUCGCUGAACCGCAAAUCUUUACUGAGACAAAGGAAAUCCAGCAAUGCGGACGAACAACGUCUACCCAGUCCCGGUCUAAUGGCCGGUGGCGUAACGACGACGACAACCACCGCCGCCGCCGCCACUUCACCGCAAGUCCCGAACGGGGCCGGUCUAACCUGCCAAGAAUUGCUGGCUCUUAGCGGAGCCCUAGGGGCUGCACUUCCCACUCCUUUAGCGUUGCCCAACUAUCCAUCAGUGGAGGAUCCAGCCUCACCGCAGUUAUCAUCGACGGCGGUGGCGGCCAUGGCCGUUUCUCCGACCGUGACAUCAUCCAAGCAUAGCAACAACAAUAAAUGCAAUAACCAGCUAUUGGCACCGCCGGGCAUGAUGCCCAUUCUACCAACGUUAGCAAUGUCACUUUGGCCGGAACCUUUCCAAGGAGCGGCCAGGAGCGGGAGCGAUCACUGGACGACGGUUGCGUGCAGCAGGAAACCGACGGAAACGGACGUGACAGCCGUCGAGGGGGAGACGGACAACGAAGAGAACCGGGACAAUUGCUGUUGCUGCUGUUCGUCUGAUGACGACGACGAUUCGGGAUCGGACGAUGAUUCGGGAUCAGACGAGGAGGGGAACGAAGAGGAGGAGGAAGAAGACUAUUAUUACGAAGGAGACGAGGAACAGCCAGGAGCGGCGGCGGUCGAAGUGUCAGAGCAUCGCCGCUCGCCCAUCGCCCGCUACUUUUCACUCGUCAAGAAAUAUUACAAAACGUUCCAGCGGAGCGUCAAAGCUCUUGUCGAGCACAAAUACUUCCAGCAGGCUCUUUUAGGAGCCAUUCUUAUCAACACGCUCAGCAUGGGUAUCGAAUAUCACAACCAGCCGGAAGAAUUGACGCUGACGGUCGAAUUCAGCAACAUCGUUUUCUCUGCCAUCUUCGCCAUUGAGAUGUUGCUCAAAGUCAUCGCCGAGGGUCCGCUCAACUAUGUCGGCAACGGAUUCAACGUUUUCGACGGAGUCAUCGUCAUCCUCAGUUUGGUGGAAGUCUUUCAGAGCUUCAAUCGGUUCGAAGGGGACGACGGCGGCAGUUCGGGCCUGUCUGUUUUGCGAACGUUCCGUCUCUUGCGCAUUUUGAAGCUGGUCCGCUUCAUGCCCAACUUGCGCCGCCAAUUGAUCGUCAUGUUGCGCACCAUGGACAACGUGGCCGUCUUCUUCGCCUUGCUCCUUCUCUUCAUUUUCAUAUUCAGCGUACUAGGCAUGUAUCUGUUUGGCGGUAAAUUUUGCAUGCGAGAGGACGGCUCCCGAUCUUGCACGUGCUCGGAGAUUCUCGACCGGGAUCCCGGUUGCGUCUGCGACCGAAAACACUUCAACACUUUGCUUUGGGCUACUGUCACCGUCUUCCAGAUCUUGACACAAGAGGAUUGGAAUGUCGUCCUCUUCAACGGCAUGGAGAAGACGAGCCAUUGGGCGGCCCUCUACUUCGUGGCCCUCAUGACGUUUGGCAACUACGUCCUCUUCAAUCUACUCGUCGCCAUUCUCGUCGAAGGUUUCUCCGCCGAGAGAACGGAGCGAUUGGAACGUGAGCAGCGGGAGCAGGCCAGACAGGAGCGUCACGCGGCAAGGGCUUUGGCCACGGCUGCCGCCCUGUCGAUCCAGGACGAAGGAACAUCCGGCGCCGGCUCUUGUCACGAUGAGCAGGCACCCCCUCCGCCUAACGAUUCGUCACCUGACUCACCUCAAGAGCAACAGCAGCAGCUCCAGCAGCUCCAACAACAGCACGACAACUACUUUUCGAGAUCGUCGGUGACGGAGGAGAGUUGCAGUCCCGUCGGCUACGGUGGUGACAGUCGACUGCACCAAGUCGACUACACCCCGUCACCGGUCAUCAACAGCGCCGAACUCGCCGACUUGCUACUCGAGGAGGAGCGCAAACAAGCCAAACUGGCAUUGUUGGAGUCUCAACAACAGCGACGUCUUAAGGAGAAUUCGUAUAAUGCCAUUCAGGAGCAACAGCGUCGCGAAUCCUUGCACAAUAAGAGCCAGCUCGACUGCCCCGGAAGCCCGAACCAUUACGAUCCAAAGUCAAACAUCGACAGAGGUUCAUUCAAACAAACGAUCCUGCUCUGUCAGCCACCGCCGCCUUCCGUUAUUUCCCGACCAGAAUUCCAAACGAGGACAGCGAUCAAUGGUUCGGAAAGGAUGGAGACGACAGGAGCGUCGUCGUCGUCGUCUCAGCAUUUAUUGCAUCCGUCAGCGGCCGCUCCCAUCAUCACCCACACGGCGGCCACUCCACAAGGAUCUCCCAACGCCACACUUGAUUCCAUUUGCAGCCGCAGGGACAGCAGCUCGUCGUCCUGCGUCAGACUGUCUCCCUUGAAGUCGGUCAAGUUGGUGGGAUUGUCCUCGCCGCGGACUUCCGCCGAAACUUCGCCCCUGCACGGCGACGGCAUCAAUUUGGGACUUGAGACGCUGAGUUCGCCAUCUUUACUGCGGACGCCGAGCAACAGAUCGUGUGCCAGCUCGAGAUCUUCCCGCCGAUCCAGCCUCACCCCGAUAAUGCCCACUCGAAGUAUUCUUAGCCGGAAGAGCAGUCUGGCAGCUCCCUCAGGAGGCCCGAUGAUUUCUUCGCCGGAAGAGUCGGCCGACACCAAUUCGCUGUUGCCGCUAUCUCCCUCGGAGGAUCGCGGCGGCGGCGGCAACGGCGUUUUGCGUCAGGGCAGCAAGAAAUUGUGGAGGAAACUGUCGUCGCGCGAGACGGGCGGGAUGCCUAAUGUCGAGUCACAAGCGGAUCUGGAAGCCGAGCUGGAAGAGGAUCGAAAUGCGGGCAAUUACAACCUUCUCAACAACCUCAACAACCAACGACAGCCGAGUUGCAGUAAUCACGAUCGACUCGCGUGCAACGGCAGCGUCCAGCACGACGGGAUCCACCAGCCGUUCAACCGGAAACCGAUCCUGUCUCAUCAGAACUCAUUUGGCAGUCCGACGACGCUCAGUCCGCAGAAUUCCAUCCGCAGUAACGGCUCGUCGCCGCGGACUCCAUCGCCCGGUUUCAAUAACCUGACGCAGCCCAACAACAACAACAACAGCAGCAACUUCAAUUUCUCCAUCGGGGAGGGACAGACGGGAGCCAACAGCGCCACCACCAAGACGGAAGAGGAAGUGGUGGUGGCGGCCAAGAAACCGUUGAUUGUCCGCCUCUAUGAGCGUUUCCCGCGGCUCAAGGAGCGCGAAGAUUACGCCCUUUUCCUCCUAUCGCCGGAAAAUUCCAUCCGGCAGUCUUGUGGUAACUUGGUGAGAAAGAGUUGGUUCGACCAUUCGAUCCUGUUUUUCAUCGGAUUGAAUUGCGUCACGCUGGCCAUGGAACGGCCGCUCAUUCCUCCCGACUCGUUCGAGCGUGCCUUCCUUUCCCUGUCCAACUAUGUCUUCACCUUUGUCUUUGCCAUCGAAAUGAUGUUGAAAGUGCUGGCCGUUGGCAUGUUCUACGGCUCCAACGCUUACUUCGAUUCCGGAUGGAACAUCAUGGACGGACUACUCGUCACCGUCUCCAUCGUCGAUAUUCUCAUGUCGCUUCUCUCUAGCGGCAGCCCACGCAUUUUUGGCAUUCUCAGAGUCUUCCGGCUGUUGCGAUCCUUGAGACCGCUACGUGUCAUUAACCGGGCGCCCGGCUUGAAAUUGGUGGUUCAAACGUUACUAUCUUCGCUGAAGCCCAUCGGGAACAUUGUGCUCAUUUGUUGCACGUUCUUUAUCAUCUUUGGAAUUUUGGGAGUCCAGUUAUUCAAAGGCAGUUUCUUCUACUGCGAGGGACCCAACAUCCGUUCGGUUCGCAAUCGGACCGAUUGUCUGGCGGCCGAUCCUCGCAAUAUGUGGGUCAACCGCGCCUACAAUUUCGACGACCUGGGACAGGCCUUGAUGGCCCUCUUUGUCCUCUCAUCCAAAGACGGCUGGGUCAACAUCAUGUACACUGGGCUGGACGCCGUUGGGGUCGACCAACAGCCGAUCGAGAAUUACAGUGAGUGGCGCUUAAUCUACUUCAUCUCGUUUCUGCUGCUGGUCGGCUUCUUCGUGCUCAACAUGUUCGUCGGUGUCGUCGUCGAGAACUUUCACCGUUGCCGUGAGGAGCAGGAGAAGGAGGAGCGAGCUCGACGUAUGGCCAAGCGGGCGCGCAAAAUGGAGAAGAAGCGACGAAUUGGUAUUGUAGUCGCACUCAAUGACGUCAUCGAUGGCACUGAACGCGGACCUAAGCCCAGAGCCGUGAAAACGGAGAUGCGACGGCCACCGUAUUACACCAAUUAUUCACGUUCUCGGCUGCUGAUUCACAACGUGGUGACAUCUAAAUAUUUUGACUUGGCCAUCGCCGCCGUCAUCGGUCUCAAUGUCGUCACCAUGGCCAUGGAAUUUUACCUGAUGCCGCCUGAACUGGAGUCUGCUUUGCGCAUUUUCAAUUAUUUCUUCACGGCCGUCUUCAUCAUCGAAUCCGGUUGCAAAAUGGUGGCCCUGGGAGUGAGACGGUACAUCAAGGACCGCUGGAAUCAGCUGGACGUUUCCAUCGUCAUCCUGUCCAUUGGUGGCAUCGUUUUAGAGGAAAUGAAAUCCGAUUUAAUUCCAAUCAAUCCCACCAUCAUUCGCGUCAUGCGAGUCCUUCGGAUAGCCAGAGUUUUGAAAUUGCUGAAGAUGGCCAAAGGAAUCCGUUCUUUGUUGGACACGGUGAUGCAAGCCCUGCCACAAGUCGGCAAUCUUGGCCUCUUAUUCUACUUGCUCUUCUUCAUAUUCGCCGCCCUCGGAGUUGAAUUGUUUGGUCGACUGGAGUGCGACGACGACCAUCCGUGCCAGGGACUGGGCGAGCACGCUCACUUUGCCAACUUUGGAAUUGCUUUCUUGACGCUGUUCCGGGUGGCCACGGGCGACAAUUGGAACGGCAUCAUGAAGGACACGCUGCGGGAGAACUGCGAUCACUCGGCCGAUUGCAUCAAGAACUGCUGCGUGUCCCGCAUCAUCGCUCCCAUCUUUUUCGUCAUCUUCGUCCUGAUGGCCCAGUUCGUCCUGGUCAACGUCGUCGUCGCCGUUCUCAUGAAACACCUAGAGGAAUCGCACAAACAGAUGGAAGACGACAUGGAGAUGGAGCUGCAACUGGCGGAAGAGUUUGCCCCACUGCCGACCGCCGACGACGAGACGAGGAAAGUCAACGACGAGAUGGAAGAACUGGAACUGACUCACACGGCUGGAUCAUUGCCGCAGUAGCAGAGAGCUCCCUCACCCCCCACUGCUCUCAUCGAAAACUCCCCCUCCAAAUUUAGAAAGUUACGUGAAUUUUUUUAUUCUUUUCUCUCGUCCCAUAGUUAAUAUUCAAAUGAUAUGAUACCCUAAAGGAUAUCCGCCGAGUCUUUUCUUGUGAAAAUUGACUCGUGGAUUUUUAGAACUUUUAAAAAAUCGUCGCCCCCCACAUUGACGAAUCGGGGCGAUUUGCGUCUGAAAAAUUGAAACUACAUAUUCUGCCGCAUACCUGUUUUGAAGUGCAGCAGGUAUCGAGCAUAGGAAUAGAGUCACCACCUUUUUCUUCCCUUGUAGUCUGAAAAAUGUGUAUUGGUUCUUUUGUUUUUGUUUGGUGUCGCCCACUGAGAAACUGCGAGAGCCAAGACCCUCCUCUUUUAUUUACGUCAAUCUCUACUUGAAAAGAAAACAAAAAGAUGAUCGGGUUUAUUAGGUCAUCGUCGUCAUCUUUUCGUUAACAAUAUCGGAAAGCACUUGAGCGCCUUCUCAUUCCUCUGUGUAAUGAUCCACAUGUCCUCCUGCACCUGCAGCUCCUUCCAUCCAAGACCACCAACUUUUUGAUUUUUUCUUAUUCCCUCGAAUUUCUUGCUUUUUAUUUUUGGGCCAAUUACGAAACGAAAAAGUUCAGUCUCACACUCAUGAUCACACCUGACCGUCUCACCGUAACUAGACCGUGACUAUGUGUGCGUAGAGAGCAGCGAUUUCGUCGUCUGCGGGAAAAAUGGGAAAAGUUAUUUCUUUAAAUUUUUUUUUGUUUGGUUUUUCAAUUCUCUCAUCUAUUUCUCUAGUGUAAAAUGAACUUAACCAAAAGGAGCGGAUACGGUUUUUUUUUUUGGAAUAUAUAUAAUUGUUUUCAUGAUAGUUUGUUAUGCCGUUUACAAGAAAUUGAAAAUUUUUCGGGAGGAUUGUAUUCGAGUUGAUAGCAAUACCUUAUUAUACACACCUUAUUCAAUGAAAAGUGAACAGACGAUAUGACACCUUAUUAUACCACCACUAUACACCCUACAGUAUACACUCAAAAGACCUCCCAAAUUCUGUACUAUUGUAAUCUCCUCUUAUAAAAAUGCCCUUGUAAAGUGACGCCGUGUUACAACAAAAAAAAAAUAUUUCGUUUCUGUUUCA